UGCCAUUCCAUCAACACUGGGGCAGAUUACUCAUCGAUAGUGAGUCAAGGUGUGGUGCCAUAUUGACUUGUCACUUCAAGCAACUCUAGGGUACAAAAGCCAAGCACCAACCAUGAGGAUUCAGCAAACGGACGCUGUCAAUUGCUCAACUCCCACCCACCACCAAACCCCGAAAAGCGCACGCGUGCGACGAAGACGACAAUGAGCGAGUCCACUCACACCAAGCCCGUCACGGGUGCGGACUACGCGCCCGAAACGGUGGCCAUCCAUGGCGACAGCUGGCUCAACAAGAGCGCAGACGUCGCGCCCGCCAUGCACGUAUCGACGACGUUCCGCUACCCGCACGACCCGGAGCAGCUGACGCCGUGGGAAGACCCGUCGAAAGCGCAACCAGCAUCGACAGACUUCCCGCCGAUCUACUCGCGGCUCUCAGCGCCGAACACGACGCGGCUGGAGGCGCUGCUGUCGCAGCUGCUCAAGGGCCGGGCAUUGACGUACACGAGCGGGCUCAGCGCCUUCCACGCGCUGCUGACCUUCUUCAACCCCAAGGUCGUCGUCAUCGGGCACGACGCGCUGGGCGGCUACCACGGCUGCCACGGCGUGCUGGAGCUGCACCGCAAGCUCAGCGGCGCAAAGGUCGCGGACCUGCACGACGAGGCGAGCUGGGACGCUGCGGGCCUGGGCAACGGCGACAUUGUGCACCUGGAGACGCCGCUGAACCCGACGGGCGAGGCGUUCGACAUUGCGGCGUUUGCGGCCGCCGCCCACAAGCGCGGCGCCCUCCUCAGCGUCGAUAGCACAUUUGGGCCGCCGGGGUUGCAGGACCCGUUCGCGCUCGGCGCCGACAUCGUCAUGCACUCGGGCACCAAGUACAUCGGCGGGCACUCGGACAUGCUGUGCGGUGUGCUCGCGGUGCCAGAGGAGCGCAAAGACUGGUUCUGGGGCCUGGCCGCCGAGCGCGUCUUCCUAGGCAGCGUGAUGGGCAGCCUGGAGGGCUGGCUCGGCGUGCGCAGCCUGCGGACGCUGGAGCUGCGCGUCCGCGCCCAGAGCCGCAAUGCCGAGCGCCUCGUGGCCUGGAUCCACGGCCUGCUGUCCUCGGACGAGGAACCCGCCGUCAAGGCUAUUGUCGCCCGCGUCCAGCACGCCUCUCUGCAGGCCCCCGACGCGCCCUGGCUCCGCAAGCAGAUGCCCAAUGGCUUCGGCCCCGUGUUCGCGCUGUGGAUGCGCGACGCCGACGUCGCGAGGUGCUUGCCCAGUAAGCUGCGCUUGUUCCACCAUGCGACGAGCUUGGGCGGCGUCGAGAGCUUGGUCGAGUGGCGCCGCAUGACGGAUGCCGGGGUGGAUCCGCGCUUGUUGCGCAUUUCGGUUGGCGUGGAGAGCUGGGAGGAUUUGAGGGACGACUUGUUGAGCGCUUUUAGGGCGUUGGCGGAGGGUUCGUAGAGGUUCGAUGGGGUGGACAAGAUGGGGGGAUGAAGUGGUUUGAAGGGAGUUGUAGGUAUUGGGUGUUUAAAAGGAGAGAUAGAGGCGGAUAGAGAUGGGUUGUCAAGAGGGCUGUAGAUGUGUAGGUGUCUAGACGACAGCGCAGAUGUGCAUGUAUAUAUGUAUGUAUGUAUGUAUGUAUGUAUGUAUGUAUCACUGUCUUCCCAAC